AUGCAAUUGAUUCUCGCGACCGCGCUUUCAAUCGUAUCGUUCGCGUCGGCUGCGCCCUGCACGUCGGCGGAAUUCAACUCAAUAAACGAGACCUACGCCACCACUCUCACGGCCGCGUGCGCCACGAGCCUCAAGAUGAGUACGAGUGCGACGAUCUCGACUGCCAUGGGGGACCCUUACGGCUUUUGCCAACCGGCGUGCGCGACCGACCUCAACAACCUCUCGUCCGGCAUUGCGAUCUGCGACGGAACCGCGCCGGAAGUGGCGAUUGUCGCGCAAUUCAGGCAAAUGUGCACCGACUUGGCCAACCCGACAAUGAACGGCGGCAAGUGCACGACCAGCGACAUGAUUCUCCAUGAGAGUAUCAAGACGAUGUGCGCCUCAGCCACGUGCACCGCCUUUCUGUCGUCGAUGGAAAAGCAAACGCCCAACUGUAUCAUGGAGGACGACACCCCGAAGAACUCAAUGAGCCUGAAGACGAUGUUUCAAAUGUCGUAUGGCUGCACACCCGCCGCUGUGGGGGCACAAUGCUCGCUCAUUGAUAUGGUAAAUUUCCAGACUGCUGCCGCGGCGCCGGUGUGGGCCAACUGCUCAACGUUCCUCAAGCUACCCCAAGGCACAACGAUCGACAAGGUCAUGCCCGACGAGGACGCCACAGCCACGUCCCUUCCGGCCGGAUUCUGUAACUCGACGUGCCCGCAGUACCUCUUGUCUUUGAUGCAAUCACUCCCGUCGUGCACAUCGGGCGGCAAGAACGUCUCGGACCCCUCGGUGAUUUACACACUUUGCCCCAAUGUCAAGCCCAACAAGUCGGGGGCCUCGACAUUGAGUGUUUUCCUCUGGAGCUAUGUCGUUGUGCUUGUCACGGCCGUCGCGACCCUGUUCUAACUUGACCACGUCGACCCUUUCUUCGAGAUGAAUAUACUCUACACUUUGCACAA